AGCUGUUGAGAAACCCCCAAUUCGCAAGAAGUUGCAUUUCCGCUUAAACCCUACAGUUUCGUCACUGUCGUCUUCUUCGUCGCUUCCUUCUUCCAUCACACACACAGCAAGCCAUGUACAGGUCAAAAGCAGUUCUGUCUUCUCUCCGAAUCGCUUACUCAAAGAUCUCCACCCGGUCGCAUCUAAGCAAAAUCUCGUCCCUUUCUCUCGCAAUUUCCAGUCAAUUUCCAUGGAAAGUCCGCUCCUUUGCUUCUUCUUCGAGACCAGAGUCAAUGCUUCAGCUAGUACUCGAGAACCCUUGGUCCAAACAAGUAGAGGAAGGAUUGAAGCAACCAGACACGCCUCUAACCCACGAGACCGCGAUCUACCUUCUCAGGAAACUAGACAAGCACCACCCUGAGAAAGCUCGCUCCUUUCUCGACUGGGUCAUCAGAGGAGACUCAGGUCUCCCUCCGAGCUCUCCGCUCUACAGCACGAUGCUUAGGAUCUUGGCUCACCAGAGAUCAAUGAAACGGUUCUGGACGACUCUGACCGAUAUGAAGAAAAGAGGGUUUUAUAUCGACGAGGAGACUUACAAGACUGUUUACGGUUUGCUUAGUAAAGAGGAGAGCUCGAAAGCCGACGCUGCUGCUUUGGCUCAUUUCUACGAGAGGAUGCUCAAGGAGAACGCGGUUUCUGAUGUCGCGGGUGGUGUUUCCGCUGCUGUUUCGAGAGGUGAUUGGAGUUGUGAGGUUGAGAGGGAGUUGCAGGAGAUGAAACUCCCUCUGUCGGAUGGUUUUGUUGUGAGUGUGUUGAAGGAGCUGAGGGAGCAUCCUUUGAAAGCUUUGUCGUUUUUUCGCUGGGUCGGUAGUUAUUCUGGUUAUAGACAUAGUACUGUUACGUAUAACGCGGUGUUGAGGGUUUUGGCUAGGCCUGGUUCGGUGGCGGAGUUUUGGAGCGUUGUAGAUGAGAUGAAGGAGAGUGCAGGGGGUGAGGUGGAUCUUGAUACUUAUAUAAAGGUUUCGAGGCAGUUUCAGAAGUGUAGGAUGAUGGUGGAGGCUGUUAAGCUUUACGAGUUUAUGAUGGACGGUCCGUACAAGCCGUCUGUUCAAGAUUGUAGCCUUCUUUUGAGGUCAUUGUCUGCUGGUCCCAGUCCUGAUUUGGAUCUUGUGUUUCGGGUUUCGAGGAAGUUUGAAUCGACUGGGGAGUCUCUGUCAAAGGCUGUGUACGAUGGGAUCCACAGGUCUUUGACCAGUGUAGGGAGGUUUGAAGAAGCUGAAGAGAUCGUGGAGGCGAUGAGAGGUGCGGGUUAUGAGCCGGAUAACAUCACUUACAGCCAGCUCGUGUUUGGUCUUUGUAAAGCUAAGAGGUUAGAAGAAGCGCGUGGGGUUGUGGAUCAGAUGGAAGCGGGAGGAUGCGUUCCGGAUAUAAAGACUUGGACUAUUCUCAUCCAAGGGCACUGCAAGAACGACGAAGUUGACAAGGCCUUUGCGUGUUUUGCGGAGAUGCUGGAGAGAGGGUUUGAUAUCGACUCUGAUCUGCUUGAUGUGUUGGUAGGUGGGUUUCUCAGCCAGAACAGGAUCGAGGGAGCUUGGAGAUUUUUAAUGGAGAUGGUGAGAAAGGCCGAUGUCAAGCCUUGGCAAACCACUUACAAGGGUGUUAUAGACAAGCUGCUGGAGAUAAAGAAGGGCGAUGAGGCGCUGGAUCUUCUGCAGAUGAUGAAGAAGCAGAACUACCCUGCUUAUGCAGAGCCUUUUGAUGGAUACCUCGCAAAGUUUGGGAGUUUGGAAGAUGCUAAGAAGUUCUUGGAUGUGCUGAGCUCAAAGGAUUCUCCUUCCUUUGCAGCCUAUUUUCAUGUUGUUGAAGCUUUCUACCGAGAAGGAAGACUGGCUGAUGCGAAAGACCUUGUCUUCGUAUGUCCCCAUCGCUUUAGAACACACCCUAAAAUCACUGCACUCUUUGGCGCAGCUUGAAGGAUGUUUUCUUUCAUUCGUUACAAGGAGAAUUUGAUUUUUUUUCAUUCAGAGAAUGCAGUUAUGGAACUAGUUUUUGCACCUUAAAUGCAGUUAUUUUCAUAAUUCAUUUCACCAAUUUGCAGAAGAAGUGCUGAAUAUGAAUUUAUGUACUCUUGAGUGAAUGUUUUCUUUUUCGAUGAGUAAAUUUAUUGAAUCCCGGUA